ACGAACAUUACUCAUUCCACUAAUAAUAUAUCAUCACCAAAACCCCUCCCUCCUUGUGUCCUCUAAAAAUGGGUGCACAUGAAGACUUUAAGGUUACAUGCAUGUCAAAACAAGUAGUAGCGGCAGCCGUACCACUACAAGAUCACAAAUUACCCUUAUCAAAUUUAGACUUUUUAUUGCCUCCUUUAGAUGUUAACGUAUUUUUUUGUUACAAAAAAGAAGAAAUAAUACCUAAAAAUUCAUGCAAUGAAAAUACGUUGAAGCAUAAGGUGAGUGUUCUGAAGAAAGCUUUAGCUCAAGCUCUUGCAUAUUUUUACCCUUUUGCAGGUGAAAUUGUUUAUAAUUCCGCCGGCGAGCCGGAAAUUCUUUGCAACAACCGUGGAGUUGAGUUUAUUGAAGCCUUUGCGGAUGUAAAGCUUGUAGAGCUUAACUUGUAUAAUCCGGAUCAAAGUGUUGAAGGGAAAUUGGUGCCUAGGAAGAAAGAUGCGGUCUUUUCUGUUCAGGUGACAGAGCUAAAAUGUGGAGGAAUAGUAAUAGCAUGUGCAUUUGAUCACCGAAUAGCCGAUGCAUACUCAACAAACAUGUUCUGGGUCACAUGGGCCGAAAUGGCUACUUUUAAGCCCAUUACAAUGAUACCUAAUCUUCAUCGUUCCUUAUUUAGCCCAAGAAAACCACUUGAUUAUAAUUCAAAUAUUUAUAAAAUGUACUUACCAAUAUCAUCUUUACCUGCCCCAAAUCCAAAUGAACCUGAUAUGGGCCCACUCAUAACUCGUGUAUACACCAUCUCAAAAUGGCAACUUAAUAACCUUCAAGCACUAUGUGAAGACAAAGAUGGUGAAAAUGGAUGCUUCAAAAAGUAUAGCAAACUUCAAUGUUUUAGUGCUAUUCUUUGGAAAAUCAUUGCCUCACAUGCUUGUGAACUUGGAGUGGAUAAUUUGAAUAAGACUAGCAUGAUGGGGAUUGUUGUAGACGGCAGAGUAAGACUAAGCAAAGAAGAAAGCUCAGAAAAACAAGAAGCUAUCUCCACCUAUUUUGGAAAUGUGUUAUCCAUACCCUUUGGUGAACAAAACUGCGAAGAUCUAAAAGAAAUGUUAAUUGGUAAACUUGCAAAAUUAGUGAAUAAUUUUGUAGAAAUGGCAGCAAAAAAAGAACAUUUCUUGGGUCUUAUAGAUUGGGUGGAGGCUCGUCGUCCUGAGCCAGCAGUCACAAAGAUUUAUUGCACCGAAGACGGCGACGGUCCGGCUUUUGUCAUGUCAUCGGGGCUCGGCUUUCCCGUCUCUAAAGUGGAUUUUGGGUGGGGAAAACCAACAUUUGGGUCAUACCAUUUUCCUUGGGGUGGUAAUUGUGGGUAUGUCAUGCCUAUGCCCAAUGCCCAAGAAAAUGGAGAUUGGGUUGUUUAUAUGCACCUUCAUAAGGAACAACUUCACUAUAUUGAAGCUAAGGCCUCCCAUUUGUUCCAACCCUUUUCUCUUCACAAGAAUUAUGAUAGAGAAUCGGGUUUUGUUCACUUGGAGCAAGUACCGCAUUCUUUCGGAUAAGGUUAUGAGUUCAAUUUACACCUAACUAGCUCAUCUUUUCCAUUAGCAUACCCUAUAAUAUAUUGUAGAUUUGUGUGCCAAGUAUUGAGGUUUUAUCUCGAAAUUUGUGUGUUUGUAUGUAUUUACUAUAAAAAUUAGUUUUUUAAAAAUGUGAUUGUAUGUUGUUCUUAAAAUUUUAGUGUAAAGGACAUAAGGAUGUGGAAAUUUAAAUGAUGAUCCUUAGUUGUAUUUUUAAUUAGUAAAGAAGUAAUAAGAUUUAGACUUAUGUUAUAUGAGAUGAUCUCACUU